AGAGAAAGAGUUGCAGAGAACAGCGUAGAUAGGUGUUGGGUGCGGAAAAGAACAACAUUAAUUGAACUAAAAAGCUACCUUUUACUGGCUGAGCUACAUGCAGGAGGAGGAUGCAUUAUUAUUAUUAUUCUGUUUCUUCACUGAAAGCUAAAGAGGGAGCUGAGAAAAUAGAAUGAAUGAUGCUGCUUCAUUCGCUGGCUAGGAGUUAAACUAAAGAGCAAAGGAGGGUAAAACAGUUGCAGAGUGCAGAGGAAGUUGAUCUGUGGUAUAAAUUAGGUGAAUGCCUUCACGAGACGCGAGUGUACGUGUCAGAUAUUUUGGGACAAUGAGGUUUUACCUAGCCGUUCUCAUUUGCACUACUCAAAAACCUCAUUAGCAUUUCCCUUUAUCAGUAAUGGGGAGAGCCAUCAGGUGGUUGAAGGGGUUGUUUGGGAUAAAGACAGAGAGAGAGCGCAGAGAGAAUUCAAAUUCUGGCACCAAAUUGUGUCACUCAGACAGAGAAUCCAGAGGUUUAUGUCAUAAUCCAACCACCAUUCCACCCAAUAUUUCACCGGCGGAGGCUGCUUGGCUACAAUCCUUUUACUCACAAACUGAGAAGGAGCAGAACAAGCAUGCCAUCGCAGUUGCUGCAGCGACAGCAGCAGCUGCAGAUGCUGCUGUCGCUGCAGCUCAAGCAGCCGUUGCAGUGGUUAGACUUACUAGCCACGGCAACAACAGGGAAACCGUGUUUGGUGGUGGACAAGAAAGGUUGGCUGUUGUUAAGAUUCAAACUGUGUUUAGAGGAUACUUGGCAAGGAAGGCAUUGAGAGCCUUGAAAGGAUUGGUGAAGUUACAAGCACUUGUGAGAGGGUACUUAGUGAGGAAGCAAGCAGCAGCAACCCUGCAUAGUAUGCAGGCUCUAAUUAGAGCUCAAGCAACAGUGAGGUCUAAGAAAUCUCGAGGACUCACUACAAAGAAUGAAGCACAUAGGUUUCAAACACAAGCACGAAGAUCCAUGGAGAGAUUUGAUGACAUAAAGAGUGAGUACAUAGGUCCCAUCCACAGCAGAAGGAUAUCAUCUUCCUUUGAUGCCACAAUGAACAAUAGUGUUGAUGGAAGCCCCAAAAUAGUAGAAGUGGACACAGGGAGGCCAAAGUCAAGGUCUCGCAGGAGCAACACCUCAAUGUCAGAUUUUGGCGAUGACCCUUCAUUUCAUGCACUUCCUUCUCCUCUCACAUUCACUCAUUUGUCCAUACCAGACAGAAGGAAUUUGCAUGACUCGGAGUGGGGCCUAACGGGAGAAGAAUGCAGGUUCUCCACGGCACAAAGCACUCCACGCUUCACAAACUCUUGCAGUUGUGGAUCCCUUGUUGUUGCACCUAUGACACCAAAAAGUGUUUGCACAGAAAACUUCUUCUAUGGACAGUACCACAAUUUUCCAAACUACAUGGCCAGCACUCAGUCUUUCAAGGCCAAGUUGAGGUCUCAUAGUGCUCCAAAGCAACGCCCUGAUCCGGGUCCCAGGAAGAGGCUUUCCCUCAAUGAGAUGAUGGAGUCUAGGAGUAGUUUGAGUGGUGCUAGAAUGCAGAGGUCUUGCUCACAGAUUCAGGAAGCUAUUAAUUUCAAGAAUGCUGUGAUGAGUAAGCUUCAGAAGUCCACGGAAUUUGGUGUUGCAACAAGAAGAAGUAGUGAUUGGUGAAACUUAUGAGAGAUUUUGCUUUCUUCUGCUUUUUUCACAAUGUUAGCAAUAGUCCUGUUCUGUCCCAUGAUUGGAAAUUUGAAAACAUGUAGCGGGUAGGAAACAGGGGGUCAAGACAAAAUAGAAGAACAAUGAGAAGGUCCCCAUUGUAACUUGGAAAAAAUUUGGUCUCGGGAUUAGCUUCAUAUAUUGUCAUUAUAAUCAAAUGCAAUAGCAAUUAGUUUUCAUCUUUCCUUUCUAAA